AUGCUAUCUUCAAACGACUCCAAGUUCCACCCCACCUCUUUCAUCCUUCAGGGUAUUCCAGGCCUUGAAGAGAUACACAUUUGGAUCGGGUUUCCUUUUUGUUUUGUAUAUUUGAUUGCCAUUGUGGGGAAUUCCAUUAUCUUGCUUGUGAUAAAGAUUGAAGACAGUCUACACCAGCCAAUGUUUUACUUCUUGGCUAUGCUGGCCUCCAUUGACCUGGGUCUGUCCACAUCCACUAUUCCUAAGAUGCUGGGCAUAUUUUGGUUUAAUUUAACAGAGAUUGACUUUGGGGGUUGUGUAACACAGAUGUUCUUCAUCCACAUAUUCACUGCCAUGGAGACUGUUGUGUUGGUUGCCAUGGCCUUUGAUCGCUAUAUUGCCAUUUGCAACCCUCUGCGGUAUAGUCUAGUUCUCACUAACAGAACCAUUAGUUUUAUCCUUGUGGUGGUGUUUGGUGUUAAUUUCAUUUUGAUUAUCCCGCUGGUGUUUCUCGUCUUGCGGCUCCCCUUCUGUGGUCACCGUAUCAUUGCGCACACAUACUGCGAACACAUGGGAAUUGCUCGGCUGGCCUGUGCCAAUAUAAAGGCAAACAUGAUCUUCGGACUGAUCCUUAUAUCAAUGGCUCUCAUCGAUGUGGUUCUGAUUGCUAUCUCCUACGUGAAAAUACUCCGUGCUGUCUUCUGCCUUCCUUCUCGGGAGGCCAGAGUCAAGGCACUGAAUACAUGUGGCUCCCACAUCUGUGUCAUCCUCGUCUUCUUCACUCCAGCUUUUUUUUCCUUCAUGACCCACCGGUUUGGUGAGAAAGUUCCCAUAUACAUUCAUAUUCUCCUGGCCAAUCUAUAUGUGGUCGUUCCUCCGGCCCUCAAUCCUGUUAUAUACGGUGUGAGGACCAAACAGAUUCGGGAACAAGUUUCAACUAUUUUUUUGAGAAAAAGGAAAACUGAUUUAAAUGAGAGCUAUGCCACCUAA